CAACAUCACAGAUGUGACACAUACAUGUCCUUUUAAUUUGGACAAACUGGAAGACAAUCAAAUAAGUGAGGGGCAAUGUGUCAAAAAGUUUGUGCGUGAAAUUCCGUGACGUUUAUUGGUUGAUGAGCAGUUGUUAUAUAGAGAAAGAAACGAAAGGGUGUUUUCAUUAGCAGCUGAGUGAUUAUUUCAGCUUUGUUUCCCCUAUGGUGGAACUAGUUCCUAUAUUUACAUCAAGGCAUAUACUCAUUUCAGUCACUCUCUUCUGUGUCUUCCGCAAGUGCUUGUUAAGGCAGUGAAAAUUAUCUCCCGCUAUAGAGAUAUCAACCUGUUGAACUUCUGAUUAAUCUAGCUGACAUCUGUGCGUUCUUUCGACAGUUAAUCGAUAUCGAAGGGUUAAAAGUUGACAAAGUGUAUAAAAUUGUAAAAUAUGAAGUUGUACGCGCUGAAUAUCCUUUAUAAAGGACCAAACGGUGCAGUUUGGCUGAAAACAUCAUACGAGCUGGCCAGCUUCAGUUACUUUCAGAGAAGCAGCAUCCAAGAGUUUAUGGCGUUUGCGAGUAAAACUAUAGUUGAGAGGACACACACGCCAGCUAGGCAGUCGGUUCGUGAGAAAGAAUACAUGUGCCACGUCUACGUUCGUGCGGAUAACCUGGCUGGUGUGCUGAUCUCAGACCAAGAGUACCCGCAUCGCGUAGCGCACACGCUCAUCACAAAGGUGCUGGAUGAAUUCGCCACAAAGAUUCCUGCUUCGUCAUGGCCGACGGCGGAUGAACAGGCAGUGGCAUUCCCACAGAUAAACACGUACCUGGCACGCUACCAGAACCCUCGUGAGGCGGACCCGAUGACAAAAAUUCAGGAGGAGCUGGACGAGACAAAGAUCAUUCUGCACAACACAAUCGAAGCGGUGCUGCAGCGCGGGGAGAAGCUGGACGACCUGGUCGCCAAGUCGGAGGGGCUGAGCAUCCAGAGCAAGGCGUUCUACAAGACGGCGCGCAAGACCAACUCCUGCUGCAGCUUCGGCUAGGCGGGGCGCGCUCGGCUGUGGCGCGGCGCACGGACUUCGGGAAGGCUGCACCGGGGGCGGAGGCGUGCCGCUGUCUGUCCCUGCCGGUGCAUCCGCUCCUCGAUCCUCCCCUUUCCCCCACGUAACGGAAGCGAGUCUGCCGCCGGCACGAUUUGCGAAAGCGACUCGAAAGCUGUGAGUGGAGAGUCGCGACAUUGAUAAUGUGCUGACAUUUGCCCCCAUUGAGAGAUGUCUGCCCCCCCCCCCCCCCCUUCCUCCUUCCCCCUUCUUGUGCACCUCAUUGCCUACAAGCUUGUUAUUUUAUGUAGCAUUUAAGUUACCAUGUCUUAAAUUAUUUAAUCUCUUCCUGUACGAUAGUUGUCAGGUGCAGCCAGUUUAUUUCUGAAAUGUCUCUGUCAUUCGAUGUGUAGUCGUGUAUAAGAUUUCUUACUGAAUUCCAAAUACUUCUCAACUUUUUGUGGGAAUGCAGUGUGAGUUUCCGUUCUCUCUCUCUCUCUCUCUCUCUCUCUCUCUCUCUCUCUCUCUCUCUCUCUCUCUCUCCCUCCCCCUCCCCCUCCCCCUUCUCAUGCCUAACCUUCUCUAGAAACAAUUUUCUUUUUUGCCUGUAGUAUAUAGCCCCUGUCAAGAAAAGAGCUAGACUGUUGUUGCCUGCAGUUCAGUGUAUUGUGUUCUCCUGUCCUUGCAUUGCUGCUGCUGUGUUUUGAAGCGCUAGUUGUUCUUUGGACUGCAAACAACAUAUAAGAGCCGCUCUAAGCUGUUCUGGAAUUGGUCCCUGACCACUGGUUCCGGAACCCCCCGGAAGCAAUUACUGACCACCGGUCUCUAAACACGGCGGGCGAUGCAGUGUGUGUUCCCCUUCGUGUCAUUUCUCUCUUAGCUACUGUCGACUGUCUCUUAAAAAAUUUAAUUUUAUUGGUGUUCUUCCUUUAUUGGUGUUAGGCUAGAUACAUAGUACAAUACCUUAGCUGACAGUGUAUGUCGGAAACAAAUAUGAAAUAUAUUUAUCUCCCCAUGUAAGUGGAGUUUAGGCUUUAUUUUAUAAAGUGUGUAAACUGUGAAGGCAUCACUGGUUGUGUUAAAAUUGUAAAAGCAGUUGGAUGGUGCAUGUAGGUGCAUAAUUGAGCUACUUCCAAAGUAUGCAAUUUUUAUGAAUGUGUCUGACAAGUAUGUCUCUUGUGUGAGUGAGAAUGUGUGUUAAACUGUGGGUAUUUCUACAGCUACAGGAGUUACAAUAGUUACAUUUUCGUGGAUGUUUGUUAUUUGUAUUAGCGUGCAAAACUGUUUGAUCUCUUGAAAUUAUUUAUGUGAUGGAGAUUGAAAUGCAUUUUUCACAUUCAUUCCAUUGAGUAUUGUCAACUAACUUGUGAGAAAUUGUAAGA